UAUUUGACCCCCUCUCCAACUUCCCACUUCACUACAGGUCUACAGUUACAUCCAUCUCACCCAAAGUUCAAAAGCUUCCCUCGCAAGCUUCACUGUUCUUCUUCCACUCUCCUCUUUCUCUCUCCUAACAUUUUCUCUCUCCUACUAAUUCUGAAGAAAUCAACGGUGCAACCAUGAGAAGGAGCACGAGAAGGUCUACAAUGGCGGUUUCCAUCCACCAGUCCCUCGAUUUGGACUCCAAUAGAACAAGUACCAGAAGAUCUUCCUCCAUUUUACCUCAAUUCGAAGAAACUCGAAAUUUGGUUGGAAAUUUCACGACCAAAUUUUCAAUGUCGUCCUUCGUUAAGAGAGUGGAAGAGCUUACCCAUGAUCAGAGGACUGCUAUAGAAAGAGUUGGAUUUGGGAAUUUGCUACAUGUUCACCACCACUCUCUCCGAAAAAACUUACUGGUUGAGUGGAUGGAGCGCUGGGACAGCGACAAGAGAGCAUUUAUUCUUCAUGAUAAAGAGCUUACGAUCACCAACAUUGAUGUUGCUUUGAUAUUAGGAUUGCGUACCAUAGGUAACCCUGUAUGCUUGAGUGAAGAAGAUCCAAUAUCUGAAUUGGAAAAGGAGUAUGGAGCUACUAGUAGGAGUAGGAAGAUUAGCAUCAUUACACUUGAGCAAAGAUUGGAAUCUCUAGGUGAGAUUGCUAAUGAAGAUUUUGUGAGGACCUUUUUGCUUUUCAUUUUUGGGACACUUCUUUUUCCAAAUUCAAAUGCAAAAGUAGACUCGCGAUAUCUUUCACUUCUGAAAGAUCUUGAUGCUGUGUCUGAGUUUGCUUGGGGUAUGUCCGUUGUUGAGGAUCUUUACAAUUGGCUCUCUAAAAGAAAAGAGGAACAAACAAAGAGCAUUGAAGGGUGUCUUAUUCUCCUCCAAAUAUGGUCCUACGAACAUAUAGACAUUGGACGUCCAAAUCUGCUUAGUGGCUCCUUGGACUUCCCCAGAGCUUGCCGUUGGGAAAGUAGUAGGUGUAACAGCCCAAGGCAUUGGUUUACUACAAAGUUCAAUGAGCUUGAUGAGAAUCAGGUAACAUGGAAGUUGCAACCAACAACAACUGAAUUAAGUAUUGAAAUAAUCAGAGAGCUUCUGGUGGAAGUGGCUGUGGGAGACAAGAUUCCUUCAAAGACCACAACUACCACGAUGAAGGAUGUACCAUCUAAGAUCUUUAGUAGAAAUAUUGCUGUUUUGGAUGAGGAACCAGAGAGAGUUGUUAGAAGAGGCAAGGAUGAACAGCAAGCAGGUGUUCCAGAGAAUUCUGGACAAUCAUCUGAAAUAUCGUCACUGAUAGAAGAAACCAACAGAGAGGUUCUUUCAACUAGAACAAGAUCCACAGCAUUCGUGACUAUGGGGCUCCCACCUAAGAGUUUGAAGCAACAUGCUGCAUUAGAUAAGGAGGCAGCCAUAGAUGUAAGAAGAAGCAAGACUACAACUCAAGAUGACAUCCGGGAGGAUUCUAGGCAGUCAGACGUGUCAGCGAUGACUGAAGAUUAUACAGAAUGCUCUUCAUCUUAUGGUUUGCAAGAAGGCCAGAUUGCUGAGAUUUCACAAUGUCUCAAGGUAAAAUGUGACUUAAAUGAGGUGGAUGAACUCAAGAGGAAAAAUGAUAUGUUAGAAGAAGUGGUAGCAAAACUAAGAAAGGAAAAUGCUGAUCUUAGAGAAGACAAUCAACGCUUGAGGACUUCUCCACCUCCUGAUCGUAUAGAAAGGCGCAUUCAUCAAAUGUAUGAUGAAAUUCAGGCAGAUUUAGAUCUUUAUGGUUUACGAUGAAUACAAUUCUUUCCCGGUAGGAGGUUUUGUCAGCUGAUUAUUUUGUAUUGAAUUUGAGCGCAAGGUGUUCAAGAUUUUUUGUAACGGGUUAUGAAUUUGAGAGCAAGUGUGAAACAGAGUGCACAUUUGACCAGUAUGACUGCAUCAAAAAAAAGGCCAUGUUGUAAGUACUAGUUUGUAUAGUGUAAUUUAAUUUGCUAGUAAAAAAGUUUGGAGGUUGUUAUUAAGAACUGCUACAUGCUCACGUUUUCUAUUGUAAAAUGUAACUUGAGACAUGAAAGUCCGGCAAAAAAUGGUUAUAAUACCUAGUUUAUAAAAGCUGCAGUAGCAGUAGUGUAUAUGUUGUGAGGAAAA